CACCCGCCAGCGCUCCCUUUGCACUUCCUUUCUCCCACGCUCUUUGUGUGCAGCGGGAUGCACCAUCGUCCUCUGUGACGCCCGUUUAUUCCUAGAGAAAAGGAGGAUCAAGCACCCCACCGCGACGCUGGGAGCUGGUCGAGGCGCAUUCCCGAGCCCUCCGCCCGCGCAUAAAGGGAGCACCGCGCUGCUCAACACACGUAGUCGAGGCCCGGACAGGGGAAGGACACCAUGUCGCACAUCUAUGACGUGGGUACGAGGGCGUGGCAGCCCGAUGAGAAGGAGGGCUGGGUGGCAUCCGAGAUUGAGGAGAAGCUGGUUGAUGGGGAGAAGGUCAAGCUUGUCUUCCGGCUUCAGAAUGGCGAGCGCAAAACGAUUGAGACGACGCUGGAUGCCAUCCGUGACGGCAAUGACCCCAACCUACCCCCCUUGAUGAACCCGGCCAUGCUGGAGGCCAGCGACGACCUUACGAAUCUCUCACAUCUUAAUGAGCCGGCUGUACUCCAGGCCAUCAAGCUGCGGUAUGCGCAGAAGGAGAUUUACACAUACUCGGGUAUCGUCCUGAUUGCAACGAAUCCUUUCGCUCGGGUGGACUCUCUCUAUGUACCGGGCAUGGUGCAGGUGUAUGCUGGCAAGCAGCGGUCAUACGGUGCGCCGCAUUUGUUUGCUAUUGCUGAAGAAGCUUUUGCAGACAUGUUGCGAGACCAGAAGAACCAAACCAUCGUCGUCUCCGGUGAAUCCGGUGCCGGCAAGACUGUCAGCGCCAAAUACAUUAUGCGGUACUUCGCGACGAGAGAAUCGCCCGAUAACCCGGGAAAGCGGAAAGGCAGAGCGGACGCCAUGAGCGAGACCGAAGAGCAGAUUCUGGCCACGAAUCCCAUCAUGGAGGCCUUCGGAAACGCAAAAACCACCCGCAACGACAACUCCUCUCGUUUUGGAAAAUAUAUCGAGAUUAUGUUCAAUAAGCAAACAGAUAUCAUUGGUGCGAAGAUAAGAGUUUAUUUGCUGGAGCGGUCGAGAUUGGUGUUUCAGCCUUUGAAGGAGAGGAAUUACCACAUUUUCUACCAGCUCAUCGCGGGCGCCACUGAUGCUGAGCGCGCAGAGCUGGGUUUGAAGUCCGUCGAGGAGUUUGAUUAUCUCAAUCAGGGAAGCUCGCCGACGAUUGAAGGCGUCGAUGACAAGGCCGAAUUCGAUGCCACUCGGAAUUCCCUGACUACAAUUGGCGUUUCUACAGAAACUCAGGCAGAAAUUUUCCGCCUGCUGGCUGCUCUGCUGCAUCUCGGAGACAUCAAGAUCAAGGCGACCCGCACAGAUUCGUCACUGGAUCCGGACGAACCUGCCCUCGUCAAGGCUUGCAAGCUGCUUGGGAUUGACGCCAGCAGCUUUGCGAAGUGGACAGUCAAGAAACAGCUUAUAACACGAGGAGAAAAGAUUGUGUCGAACCUGACCCAGCAACAGGCCGUGGUUGUACGAGACUCCGUUGCCAAAUUCAUUUAUUCCAGCUUAUUCGACUGGUUGGUGGACCGCAUCAACCGGGGCCUCGCGACAGAGGAGGUCCUUACGCACGCGCAUUCCUUCAUUGGCGUCCUCGAUAUCUACGGUUUCGAACAUUUUGCAAAGAACUCUUUCGAACAGUUUUGUAUCAACUACGCAAACGAGAAGCUGCAGCAAGAGUUUAACCAGCAUGUCUUCAAGCUCGAGCAGGAGGAGUAUCUGCGGGAACAGAUCGAUUGGACGUUUAUUGACUUCGCAGAUAACCAACCUUGUAUAGAUCUCAUCGAAGGCAAGCUCGGUAUUUUAUCCCUGCUGGAUGAGGAGUCUCGCCUACCGAUGGGUUCUGACGAGCAGUUUGUCACGAAGCUGCACCACAAUUUUGCGGCAGAUAAGCAGAAGUUUUAUAAGAAGCCCCGGUUCGGGAAAUCGGCGUUUACCGUUUGCCAUUAUGCCGUCGACGUCACAUACGAGUCCGACGGCUUCAUAGAAAAGAAUAGGGAUACCGUGCCCGAUGAGCAUAUGGAGGUUCUGAAGAAAUCGACGAAUAAGUUCCUCGGCGAAGUCCUGGAUGUGGCUGCCUCAAUCCGCGAGAAGGAGACCGCCGCGACCGCGUCGUCGAAACCGGGAGCUGCGAUAUCGGCUGGGCGAAGGAUCGCGGUGAACAGAAAACCUACUCUUGGUGGCAUCUUCAAGUCAUCUCUGAUCGAGCUGAUGCAGACGAUCAAUUCGACGGAUGUGCACUAUAUCCGAUGUAUCAAGCCCAACGAGGCGAAGGAGGCAUGGAAGUUUGAAGGUCCCAUGGUUCUCAGCCAGCUCCGGGCUUGUGGCGUUCUUGAGACUGUCCGCAUCAGUUGCGCCGGCUACCCGACCAGAUGGACGUAUGAGGAGUUCGCUCUUCGCUACUAUAUGUUGGUACCGUCAUCCUCAUGGACUCCGGAAAUCCGUGAUAUGGCAACUGCGAUUCUGAAAAAGGCUCUUGGCACUAGCAAGAAUGACGGCCGCGACAAAUAUCAGAUGGGUCUUACGAAGAUCUUCUUCCGGGCUGGUAUGCUUGCGUUCCUUGAGAACCUUCGGACUGCCAGGCUGAACGAAGCCGCGAUUAUGAUCCAGAAGAAUCUGCGUGCGAAGUACUACCGACGCAUUUAUCUCGAAAUGCGCGAAUCUAUCAUUCAUCUCCAGUCUUUGGCGAGGGGAUAUAUGACUCGGGAGCGUGCAGAGGAAGCAAGGCAGAUCAAGGCUGCAACUACCAUUCAAAGAGUCUGGCGCGGAUCGAAAGACCGGAAGAGGUUCCACAUGGUCCGGAAUUCGGUCAUCCUGUUCCAAGCAGCUGCGAAGGGCUAUCUGUGCCGUAAGCGCAUUCUGGAUUCCCGGUUGGGCAACGCUGCCAGGAUCAUUCAGCGCAACUGGCGGUCACAACGAUCACUCAAGGCAUGGAGGCAGUACAGGAAGAAGAUUGUCAUCAUCCAGAACCUGUGGAGAGGAAAGAAAGCUCGUCGCGAGUACAAGGUUCUCCGUGCCGAGGCUCGCGAUCUCAAGAAUAUCUCGUACAAGCUGGAGAACAAGGUUGUCGAGCUUACACAGUCGCUGGGUACCAUGAAGUCGCAGAACAAGGCUCUGCAGUCGCAGGUUGAGAAUUACGAGGGCCAGAUCAAGUCAUACAAGGAGAGAAGCCGGACCUUGGAGGCGAGACAGAAGGAGCUUCAGGCCGAAGCCAACCAGGCUGGUAUCACGGCUGCGAGGUUGAGCGCUAUGGAGGAAGACUUCAAGAAGCUGCAAGCUAGCUACGAUGAAAGCACUGCCAAGAUGCGUCAUUUGCAAGAGGAGGAGAAGCAACUACGUGCUACACUCAAGAAGACUACCGAUGAGCUUGAGCAGGCGAAGAGGAGAAGUAACAUCAGCGAAUCGGAGAAGAUGACUCUUCGACAGCAGCUCGCCGAGCUGCAGGACCAGGUCGAGAUGUUGAAGCGUUCAGGCCCCAUUCCGGAGAUCACAAAUGGUCAUCCUGUCCUUGGAGCCAGCAGCCUGAUCAACCUGGUCAGCUCCAAGAAGCCGAAGAGGCGCAGUGCUGGACCGGACACGCGCGACCUAGACCGCUUCAGUCUGACAUACAGCCCCAGACCUGUCUCUAUGGCCGUCGGCUCCACCGUCCACCGGCAGAAUCUCUCUGGCUCGACGUUCAACCCCAACCUGGAUAACGUGGAACUGGAGCUUGAGAACAUCCUGGCCGAUGAGGAUGGCCUGAACGACGAGGUUACACUUGGCCUCAUCAGAAACCUGAGAAUCCCGUCGCCCACUACUACUCCUCCUCCGACCGAUAAGGAGGUCCUCUUCCCCGCCUACCUCAUCAACCUCGUCACCUCUGAGAUGUGGAAUAAUGGAUUUGUCAAGGAGUCUGAACGUUUCCUUGCCAACGUGAUGCAGUCCAUCCAACAGGAAGUCAUGCAGCACGACGGCGACGAGGCUAUCAACCCCGGCGCCUUCUGGCUGUCCAACGUCCACGAGAUGCUGUCCUUCGUCUUCCUUGCCGAGGACUGGUAUGAGCAGCAGAAGACCGACAACUACGAGUACGACAGGCUGUUGGAGAUUGUCAAGCAUGAUCUCGAAAGCCUGGAGUUCAACAUUUACCACACGUGGAUGAAGGUUCUUAAGAAGAAGAUGCAUAAGAUGAUUGUGCCUGCAAUCAUCGAGUCCCAGUCUCUGCCUGGUUUCGUCACGAACGAAAGCAACCGCUUCCUUGGUAAGCUCUUGCAGACCAGCAAUGCACCGGCCUUCAGCAUGGACAAUCUCCUCAGCUUGUUGAACAAUGUAUACAAGGCCAUGAAGGCGUACUACCUUGAGGACUCGAUCAUCACCCAGACGGUCACAGAGUUGCUUCGUCUUGUGGGCGUCACCGCUUUCAAUGACCUUCUCAUGAGACGCAACUUCCUCUCCUGGAAACGCGGCCUCCAGAUCAACUACAACAUCACUCGCAUCGAAGAAUGGUGCAAAUCCCACGACAUGCCCGAAGGCACCCUCCAGCUCGAGCACCUCAUGCAGGCCACCAAACUGUUGCAACUCAAGAAGGCUACCCUCAAUGACAUUGAAAUCAUCCAGGACAUCUGCUGGAUGCUGUCGCCGAACCAGAUCCAGAAGCUGUUGAACCAGUACCUCGUGGCGGACUAUGAGCAGCCGAUCAACGGGGAGAUUAUGAAGGCGGUGGCCAGUCGAGUGACGGAGAAGAGCGAUGUCUUGCUCCUGACGGCGGUGGAUAUGGAGGAUUCGGGCCCGUACGAGAUUGCGGAGCCCAGGGUUAUCACGGCGUUGGAGACGUAUACGCCUUCUUGUAAGUGCCUCUCUUCCAAAAUCCGCUGCUCAGGGAAGCGGGACCCGCGCAGGCUGCAAACUCCGCGCCUCAAGCGCCUAGCGGAAAUCGUCUCCCAGCAGGCCAUCGCUCAGCAGGAGAAGAUGGAGUAUGCCGAGGGCGACGGCGGCCAGGGGGAAGGAGGCGCUGAUGGCGAUGCCGACGCGAAUGACGGCGGAUAUAAUGGCAGCAGGAGUGGGGUCAAUGGGCAGACGUUGGCGCUUCUGGAGGAGGAGGCGACGGCGUGAUGAUUUUUAGAUAGUGGUUGGUUGGUGGGGGUCCUUGUUUUGGAUGUUUGUAUUCAGCGGAAAUAGGAGAAAUGGUAGAUUAGUGUUGAGGGCCUCUUUGUCUUUUGGAUUGUGCGUUGGACUUGGUUGCGUGUGUAUGUUUCAAGGUGGGGUUGGGCGUGUGUCCUACUCUUCCCCCUGUUGAAAAGGGUGGUUAAGUUGGAGAGGAGUGUACUGCCUCUGUUCACAUCCGACUGAACACGACCGUGCGCGUAGGGGUCAUUGACCUUCCAAUUGGCCCUUUCUGCGCCUCCCUCCAGGUAUAACCAGUCUUAAAACACCGUGCUCUAGUGGCGUAAACCAGACUGUGGCCAAUUGAAAUGGUUGAAUUAGGUGAUCUAACUCAGAGCAGCCGUACAAGGGGCUGUUCAGUCGGAUGUGAGAGAGCGCAGUA